AUGGCUGAUCAAGGAUUGGAAGGGAGUCAACCUGUGGAUCUAUUAAAGCAUCCUUCAGGGAUUGUACCUACUCUUCAAAAUAUUGUGUCCACUGUCAAUUUGGAUUGUAAGUUGGAGCUAAAGUCUAUUGCACUUCAAGCUCGUAAUGCGGAGUAUAAUCCCAAGCGUUUUGCUGCUGUGAUUAUGAGGAUCCGGGAACCAAAAACAACUGCACUUAUUUUUGCAUCUGGCAAAAUGGUUUGUACUGGAGCUAAGAGUGAGGUACAAUCGAAAUUGGCAGCAAGGAAGUAUGCUAGAAUUAUCCAGAAGCUAGGCUUCCCAGCUAAAUUUAAGGAUUUUAAGAUUCAGAACAUUGUUGGCUCUUGUGAUGUCAAGUUCCCCAUACGGCUUGAGGGUCUUGCAUAUUCCCACGGUGCUUUCUCAAGUUAUGAACCAGAGUUGUUUCCAGGACUAAUCUAUCGAAUGAAGCAGCCCAAGAUAGUCUUGCUUAUAUUCGUAUCUGGAAAAAUUGUUCUGACAGGAGCCAAGGUGAGAGAUGAGACGUAUACAGCCUUCGAGAACAUAUAUCCAGUGCUUACUGAGUUCAGGAAAAACCAACAAUGGUAUGCACAUGACUCUAUAUCCAAUUAUCUUCAUGAGCAAGAGCAAGGUUUUCUGGCUGAGAAGAAGAUGGAUGGUGGGCUUGACUGA